AUGUUGCUAUUGAAGAAGAGUUCCGAGCAAAAAAGCGUGCGAGAUCAAGAUCAACAUCAAGAUAAUCAGAACCCGGAGAGGGCCAGGAAACCUUGGGAGUGGCUCUCCCAAGGUGGAUUCAGCUCUAAUGGGAAGGAGUGGUUUACGCUCCGUUUCUGUCUAGAUAUGGGAUCUGGAGUUUGGGAGUUCAGGUAG